GGAGGGAUUCGUUUCCAAAAAUUGACUGAGACUUGAGUAAGACUAAUUCAUGCUCGCGAAGGUUUCCUAUGAAACCAGUGGUGAUAUGAUGCUGUGAAACCUGAAGGACACGGGGGCAUAACAAUCCCCUAAACGGAUCGAGGCUUACUCUAACUUUAAAACACUCCUAUUGGAGCACCGGCCUGCAGCCCCCAUGGGUUCGAUUCAUUUAACACAAUUUGGAAGAUCGGCGAACCAGCUCCGAAGCAGAAAUAGAUUCAGCCCGGACAUACAGCAUAUAUCCUUCUGAAUUUGGACUAUGUAUGAUAUUUGUUGAUGUCAUGGACAGACGUUUUUAAUAAUCUUCGAUUAGUGUGCAAUCGGAUCAAUAACUCAGAUAUCAAGUUACCCAUUGAAGCUUUGCAAAAUGGCGGAUCGCCUGCGUGAGGCGGCCACCCAAAGCAUCAGACGGGGCAACGACGGGGUGCUACGGGCAUCACAGGGGCUGGUAGACUCGGCAUGGUCGUUAUAUAGAGAGCUACAGGCCGCUCUGCCCGAGUUCGCCACAUCCCUGGAAACUAGUCUGCAGAUUCUUGGCCAGAGUAUCAGUGACGGGCAGAGGAACCUUGCUGAAGGGAUCGGUUUAUCACAAGCCUCGCAGGAAAUGUUGGAACAACUCUCACCCAUCUUAUGUGACGUCGGCAGGCAUAUCUUCACCAUGGCAACGAGCGAUUCCAGUCUGGAAAGCUUUUUACUUCCGGAUAACACCGUAUCCAUCCGGGUGAAAACAAGGUUGAACGAACUUAAUCAAGUCGCCAAGGAAUUAUCAGCCGAACUAUCAACAAACGACAGACGAAGAACAAACACAAGAUUAUCGCACGUACAAACAGAGGAAGUGAAGAACUUCUGGGAAAUGAUUUUCGAUGACAAAGAAGGGAUAAAGUUAAUACCGUCUCAGAACUUAAAUUUGUAA